AUGUUAAGAAGGCAAGCUCGUGAAAGAAGAGAAUACUUGUACCGUAAAGCACAAGAGCUACAAGAAUCUCAACUACAACAAAAGCGCCAAAUCAUAAAGCAAGCGUUAGCACAGGGGAAACCACUACCAAAGGAAAUUGCUGAAGAUGAGCAACUACAGAAAGAUUUUCAAUACGAUGAAAGUGCUCAGGAACAGAUAGAUGAUGAGUACAGCGCAACAAGCGGUAUCGCAGAACCUAAGAUUAUUGUGACAACAUCUAGAGACCCUAGUACUAGGUUAUCACAGUUUGCAAAAGAAAUCAAAUUACUGUUCCCAACAGCGGUAAGAUUAAACAGAGGUAAUUACAUUAUGCCGAAUCUUGUCGAUGCCUGUCAAACAUCAGGAACGUCAGAUUUGGUUGUUCUUCAUGAACAUAGAGGUGUUCCUACAUCACUAACGGUAUCACAUUUCCCACAUGGUCCAACAGCAUUUUUCACAUUACACAACGUCGUUUUAAGACAUGACAUUUUAAAUUCGGGGAAUCAAAGUGAAGUAAAUCCACAUCUAAUCUUCGAUAAUUUCACAACACCAUUGGGUAAGAGAGUAGAGACGAUUUUAAAGCACCUAUUCCCACCUGGUCCAAAGAAAGAUGCAGCAAGGGUGAUAACGUUUGCAAACAGAGGAGAUUUUAUCAGCGUUAGGCAACAUGUUUAUGUGAAAACCAGAGAAGGUGUGGAGUUAGCAGAAGUGGGACCUAGGUUCGAGAUGAGAUUGUUCGAAUUAAAAUUAGGAACAUUAGAAAAUAAAGAUGCUGACGUAGAAUGGCAACUAAGAAGAUUUGUUAGAACGGCUAGUAGAAAGGACUAUUUAUAA